CUCAUCGAUAGCCGAUUUGCUCGCCUUAUUAAUCCACCCAUUAGCCUACAGAUUCCGCAUUUUUCUCUCCUCGCCGCCCUGCAGCUCUGCCCUUCACGUGCUGACAAGUCGAUUACUUCCUCACGCCACCUGAGUCAACAUCCAGCUCGACAACCAGCUCGCCAGCUGAGUAAUUUCCUGCUGCUUCCGUGCCUUUGUAUAAGUGCCACCACCACCAACAGCAGCAGCGUCUUCCAGCAAGACCUCCCUCCACCCCGAUCGACAAGCUGUCUCCCCCACUCCCUCUCCGUCUCCUCUCGCAGUCCGCGCGGACAACACCACUCAGCAGCCUCCUCCCCACCGCCCGCCUGCAAACCCUCACCCGCCACUUCUCGGCCUCGCCCUCCAUCAUGGCCCCCAUCCAGAAGGAGUGCGACUUCCUCGUCCUCGGCGGCGGCUCCGGCGGGCUCGCCUGCGCCCGCCGCGCAAGCGGCAUGUACGGCGCCAAAGCCAUUGUCGUCGAGGUCAAGCGGCUCGGCGGCACGUGCGUCAACGUGGGCUGCGUGCCGAAGAAGAUUACGUGGUAUGCGGCGGCGAUCCAGGAGACGCUGCACGAGGCGAAGAACUACGGCUUCAGCGUCACGCAGGACAAGCCGUUUGACUGGAAGUACUUUAGCGACAAGCGCGCCGCGUACAUCAAGCGCUUGAACGGGAUUUACGAGAAGAAUUUGGUGAAUGAUAAGGUGGAGUAUUUGCAUGGGUUGGCGGCUUUCGUUGAUCCGCAUAAGGUCAAGGUGACGUUGGAUGAUAAUACGGAGGUGAAUAUCACGGCGAAGAAGAUUCUCGUGGCUGUCGGCGGGUAUCCUGUGGUGCCGGAUGUUCCUGGCGCGGAGCAUGGAAUUACAUCGGACGGCUUCUUUGAACUCCCGGAGCAGCCGAAGAAAGUCGCCGUGGUGGGCGCGGGAUACAUCGCCGUCGAGCUGGCGGGCAUGUUCAACGCGCUCGGCACGGAAACGCACCUGUUCAUCCGGCACGACAAGUUCCUGCGCACCUUCGACCCGAUGGUGCAGGACAAGGUGGUGGAGGAGUACGAGCGACAGGGCAUCCACCUGCACAAAAAGUCGACGCCGAAGAAGGUGACGGACCUGGGCGGCGGCAAGAAGAAGGUCGAGUACAGCGACUCGAACGGCGAGGGCUCAGUGGACGUCGACUGCCUGCUGUGGGCCGUGGGCCGCGCGCCAGAACUGGAGAAGCUCAACCUCGACGUGACGGGGGUGAAGCUCAACGAGAAGCAGCACGUCAUCACCGACGAGUACCAAAACACCAACGUCGAGCACAUCUACUCGCUGGGCGACGCGUGCGACCGCGGGUACGAGCUGACGCCCGUGGCCAUUGCAGCGGGCCGCCGCCUCGCCGACCGCCUCUUCGGCGGCAUCAAAGACGCCAAGCUCGUCUACGACAACAUCCCGUCGGUCGUCUUCUCGCACCCGUGCGUGGGCAGCAUCGGGCUGACGGAGCCGGCGGCGCGCGAAAAGUACGGCGACGAGAACAUCAAGAUCUACAAGAGCAACUUCACCGCCAUGUACUACAGCAUGUUCGAGCAGGAGGACAAGGGGCCGACGUCGUUCAAGCUGGUGUGCGCGGGCAAGGAGGAGAAGGUGGUGGGGCUGCACAUUCUCGGCAUCGGGUCGGACGAGAUGUUGCAGGGUUUUGGCGUGGCGGUGAAGAUGGGCGCGACGAAGAAGGACUUUGAUAGCUGUGUGGCCAUCCAUCCUACGUCUGCUGAGGAGUUGGUUACGAUGAAGUAGGGUGGAGUAGAGGUCGGAUGCAGACCGUACAUGGAGUGCUGAAGUCACUUACAUAAGCAAUAGAGUGCUUCAACGAAUUGAUCCCGUCGGGUUGUUUGGCUU